UUGGGUUGCAGUUCCCGCACUGGGGCGUCAGAUCUCCUGAUGGCAGGACACCGCACCACAUUUACCAUGCAGCAUGUCAUGGGUAUGCCCUGCGUGUUGGUGCGGAGCGGCCUCCUUGGAAGGGACCUCUUUAUGAUCAGGACUCUCUGCAGCCCAGGCCCUAGCCAGCCCAGAGAGAAAGGACCUGAGGAUGUGGCCCUGGGGCUGUACCACCGCCUCACAGCUCUGGGAAGAGCCCUGGGGCACAACAUUCGGCAGCGAGCGUCCUCCACGGCCACGACAUGGUGGGACAGAUAUGAAGAGUUUGUCGGACUCAGUGAGGUUCGAGAGGCCCAGGGAAACGUGACUGAGGCAGAGAAAGUGUUCAUGGUGGCUCGAGGGCUUGUCCGAGAGGCUCGGGAGGACUUGGAAGUUCACCAGGCCAAGCUGAAGGAGGUGAGGGACCGCUUGGACCGCGUCUCCAGAGAGGAUAACCAGUACCUAGAACUGGCUACGCUGGAGCACCGGAUGCUGCAGGAGGAGAAGAGGCUUCGUGGAACCUAUCUGCGUGCUGAAGACUCGGAGCGAGAGAAGUUCUCCCUCUUCUCUGCAGCUGUGCGGGAAAGUCACGAGAAGGAGCGCACUCGAGCUGAGAGGACCAAGAACUGGUCCCUCAUUGGGUCAGUCCUGGGGGCCCUGAUUGGUGUGGCUGGCUCCACCUAUGUGAACCGUGUGCGGCUACAGGAGCUGAAGGCCUUGCUCUUAGAGGCACAGAAGGGGCCUGUGAGCCUCCAGGAGGCCAUCCGAGAACAGGCAUCCAACUACUCCCUCCAGCAGAGGGACCUCCACGACCUCAUGGUGGACCUAAGGGGCCUGGUACAAGCUGGGCCCGGGCAGAGCUCUGUGGCCCAGGCAGGUGCUUCCCCCACCCGAGACAGAGAUGCAGAUGUCCUUUCAGCCACCUUGAAAGAGCAGCUCAGCCAUUCCAGGCAGGUCCGUUCCUGUCUAGAGGGUUUACGAAAGCGGCUUGAUGACUUGGAAAAGACUUUCAGCCAAACGGCUGAGUUGGUUCAGCUUGCAAAGGCUGCAGUGCAUCCGGGCCUGGUGGAGCCAGCAGAUGGGGCUCUGCCUGGCUCCUUGCUGGAGCAGGGGAGCAUGAUCCUGGCGCUGUCGGACAUGGAGCGGAGGUUGGAAGCCCAGGCCAACAGGAACACCAUCUGUAGCACGCUGGUCACCUCUGUGACAUUGGUGGCCGCACUGCCUGUGCUCUACAUGCUGUUCAGGGCCAGCUAGCCCCUGGAACCCCCUCCAGAGGCCCUGAGGGGAUAGGUGUGGAUAUGGAUUUAGUUAGGGAAUCCCAACAAUGAAGUGAGCCUUCGGGGUGCACGCAACCUCAACCUGAGGCUGAGCGCCGUCUGUGUGGCUCACCAGCAGGCAUACUUUGCUCUUUAGAGAAUGCUCAUUUAUGCUAAUUAUCAAAACUGUGUGCUAAUGUCCAAUUAAAAUGUCUUUGGGUUUGUGUUAUUUAAAGUAA